AUGAAAUUAAUUAAUUAUUUAAUUCUAAUUUUUAUAUUAAAUAAUUUUGUUGUUUUAUCUGAUAAAGAAAAAAUAUUUUUAAUAAAAGAAUUGCCAGAAGAGAGUUUAACAACUCCAGAAAUAAUUGAAUAUUAUGGAUAUAAAUGUGAAAUACACAAAGUUUUAACUGAAGACGAGUAUAUUUUAGAAAUGCACAGAAUUCCUUUUGGAAGGAAUUUUAAAGGAAUAAAUAAAAAACCAGUUAUUUUUCUUCAACAUGGAUUAUUGGCAUCUAGUGCUGAUUGGGCAAGUUUACUUUAA